AUGUCCUCCCCCAUCAUCCCCCAGACACACCGAGUACUCAAACUCGCCAGCACCGACCGACCUCUCACAAUAGAAACCAUUCCAACCCCUCGUGCCGGGCCAGGCAGCGCCGUAAUCCGCAUCCUCGCCGCCCUGGUUGUCCCGUACUCCGGCGAGGUGUACAGCGGCAAGCGGCCCUACCCGCUCCCUGCGCCUUUCGUCCCCGGCGAAGUAGCACUGGGCCGCAUCGUCGAGGCCGGGCCGGACGCAACCACGCUCUCUGCACCAGGCCAGCUCGUCCUCUUCGACGCGCACGUCCGCGGCCGCGACGACGCCUCUGUGCUUUACAUCUCGGGCAUCGAGGAGUUCCCGUCGGACGCCGGGCGCAAGCUGGCGCGCUGCGCCGAGUGGCGCGACUCGACGUACGCGCAGCACGCGCGGGUGCCGCUCGAGAACUGCCUGCGCAUCGACGAGACACGGCUUCGGCAGCUGGGCUACGGGAUCGACGACGAGCUGUGCCACGUGCUGCCCAUGUUCGUGCCGUUUGGCGGGCUGAGCGAUAUCGGUCUACGGCCCGGGGAGACUGUGGCCAUCGCACCUGCUACCGGCAUCUACGGCGGCGCGGCCGUGCACGUGGCGCUGGCCAUGGGGGCGCGCGUCGUGGCUGUGGGGCGCAAUGAGGAGGUGCUCUCGCGCCUCGUCGCCGUGGAUCCCAGGCGCGUGGCGGCGGUGCGCAUCACCGGAGACGUGGAUGCAGAUGCGAAGGCUGUCACGGAUGCCGCCGAUGGCCCAAUUGAUGCGUAUCUGGACAUAUCGUCGCCUCAGGCGUCCGAUUCGACCCAUUUCAGGAGCUGCUUUAAUUCUCUGAGGAGUGGUGGCCGGGUCAGUCUGAUGGGCGGCGCGCGCGGGUUUCCGUUGACGACGUUUGAGAUUUUGCUUCGAGCGUUGACGGUGAAGGGCACAUGGAGGUGUACUCGCGGCCAGGCGAUUCAGCUGUUGAAGAUGGUUGAAGCGGGAACUUUGCCUUUGGGGAAGGAUAGGGGAAUGAAACUGGUUGGGAGAUUUGGGCUUGAUCAGUGGGAAGAAGCAUUCGAGACUGCGGCAAGGUAUGGUAGUGCUGGAGAAACUGUCGUACUUACUCCUUAG